GGCUCGCAGCGCAGGCCUUUGUGCCCUCCGGGGCGCCCGGCUCGUCAGCACGCGCGGGAGAACUGCAGUGAUGGAUAAGAUGCUUAAGAAACCCUCCAUCAUGAAAAGUGCUGUGACUCUGUCUAGCAGGCACACUGCAGCAGGCUUGGAAAGGAGAAACGACAGGAAAACUGAACUACAAAAAAAGCAGAAAUGUACUACUCAGCUUCUAAUGGUCCAAGAAACUGGAUAUAGCAUGGCAGAAAGUGACAUGAAGGUCUGUGAAAAAGCCAGUUGCAUCUGGAAAGGAUGCCAAGAAGAGAUGCAGAAUGAGUUCAGAGCUGUUACCAUCAUGAAGCCAUCAGUGACAUUGGAGCCAGAACUGAGGCUUCAUAUUACUGGUUUGCAUGAUGAUUACUAUCUAAACAUACUGGACUGGAACCUUGAAAAUCUCAUUGCUGUUGCUCUGGGAUCUGCUGCAUAUAUUUGGAAUGGAAGAACUCUUCAAGGCAUUGAAAGCAUUGGUUUAAAUUCGAGUUCCAAAUACAUUUCAUCUCUAGCUUGGAUAAAAGAGGGAACUUGCCUUGCUGUUGGCACUAGUGAUGGAGAAGUGCAACUGUGGGACAUUGAAAGGAAAAGGAGGUUGAGAAAUAUGUUUGGCCACCUGUCUGUAGUUGGAGCUCUGAGCUGGAAUCAUUAUAUUCUGAGCAG